AUGGCACAGUUCCGGAAAGCCUUCGUGGCCGCCAUCGUCAAGAGCUUGCUUAGGGGCAAGUCUCUGAUAGAGGCCAUCUUGGCUUACUGGUUGUCGGGAAACAAGAAGAGCAGCAGCGUUCCAAAGAAGACGCUUGCGCAGUUCCUCAAGGAUGCCGAGGCCGCCCUGGUCGGUCCCAUCAGCGGCAAUGGCCUGCAGGAGAUCUCGGCCAAGUUGAAGGAGCAGAUCUUGGAGGGGCUCAGCGUGGAUAUGCAGUGCAUGCUGCCGUCAUACAGCCAUCAGCUGCCAGCGGGCUCCGAGGUUGGACAGUACUUGGCCCUGGACGUGGGAGGAUCGACGCUGCGAGUGGCCUUGGUUGAGCUGCGAGGACGGGGGGCCGAUUCCGGAAGCGCCACCGAGAUCGUGAGCAUACAAAACUACCGCAUCACCAAGGACAUCAAGGAUCUCGAGGGAAUGGCCUUUUUCGAGUGGAUGGCGGCGCGCAUUACCGAGACGAUCCAGAGCACCCUCAACAGACCACACAGCGCCGAAAACCCCCUGCCUAUUGCUCUGGCAUGGAGCUUUCCCAUCGAGCAAACUUCUCUUGGUGGUGGCAGACUUGCGGCCAUGGGCAAGGGCUUCUUGGCCGACAUUGGCCUGGUCGGGCAAGAUUUGGGAGACAUCGUUAGGACUGCAUGCAAGAGCAAGGAUCUGCACGUCGAGCUCAAGGCCAUUUUGAACGAUUCGAGCGCCUGCCUGCUAUCGCGGGCGUACUCUCACUCAUCGACACGAUUCGGCCUCAUCCUGGGCACCGGCGUCAACAUCGCCGCCUAUCUGCCCGUCUCAUCCAUUGGCCGAGCGAAAUUCGGCGAGCGGCCGGCGGGCUGGUUCGACGAGGCUUCCCACGUCAUUGUCAACACAGAGCUCGGCAUGUUUGGUGGCAAGAUUCUGCCUCUGACGCGAUGGGACCUCCAGCUGCUCAAGGAGCACCCCAGACCCGACUUCCAGCCCUUGGAGUACAUGACCAGCGGCAUGUACCUCGGCGAGAUUGUCCGGUUAAUCAUGGUGGAGGCGAUCCAGACAACUGGCCUUCUGGGCGGCAUCCUCCCGCCUUCGUUGACCGAGCUAUAUUCGCUGGGUACGGAGGUCAUCUCCUUGAUAGAGGGUGACACCAGCGCCGACUUAUCACAGGCCAUCAGUUGCUUCUCGGAAAAAUACCCUUCCUCCCAUAUUCCCAGCGUUGUUGACAUGAGCGCUAUCAAGGCGAUUGCGUCGUUUGUCUCUGUGCGCUCAAGCGCACUGAUCGCCUCCGCCGUCUACGCUCUGUGGGAUAUCCGCCUGGAGGGCGACGAGAAGUUUCUCUCGACCCUUCCCGAGUCGUCCCCCCUGCGAGCCAAGGUCGAGGAGGACAUCAAGAUGGAGAAGACGACUGUCGCAUUCAACGGCAGUGUCAUUGAGCACUAUCCGGGCUACCUGGAGAACUGCCAACGGUACAUCAACGAGCUGAUGGACACUCACCCAUCCAGCCAGCCAAAGGCCAUCGAGCUUGUCUCGGCCAAGGAGAGCUCACUCACAGGAGCUGCCGUGGCACUGGCGUGCGUGGACUCAUGA